ACCCUUCCACAAACCUUAGGGUCAUUGUUUAUGAACGUCCACGCGUGGCCUCUCUCCCUGGACGCUUCUGCAUCCUCACACUUGUGCAGAGCUCUGCAGGACAGACAGAAAUCCACCACCACAAUCCUGCAGACGUCUUCUGCCUGAGAGCCUCAGCAUCAACGCACCAGAGAGGGAAUCCUUGUGGAUCUUUGCUGCCGAUUCAUCACGGUUUCAGAUUAUCAAAAAGGAAAAACAUUUGCAAUCAUUUCACCUCCGCCGGUCAUGUACAGCUCCAACUACUCCCGGGCCAAGUUUGGCCUGGAGGCCAAGGAGCGCCUGCAGAAAUCCAGAGGCAAGAGCUGCGGCUACUACAUGAGGAUCGUCUUCCUCUUUUCCUCUCUCAUCCAGUCGCUCAUCAUCGUCAGUCUGGUGCUCUUCCUCAUCUACGGACAGCCGGAGAAGUCUGCACAGGAGAAGAUGGUGAAGGAGCUGCAGCUCGGCUACAACAGGCUCAGUGAGAACAACAUCCAGCUGACGAAGGAGAAGGGCGAGCUGGGCGCUCAGCUGGAAGCUCGCGCAUCUGAGAAAGCUGCUCUGGAGAAGGAGAUGGCAAAGCAGGGCGAGGCUUCCAACAAGACAGUGCAAGAUCUUAAAAUAAAAUUAAAUGUUUGUCAGUCAAUGGUGUCCAUGGUCCAACGUACAGCCCAGGCUCCGGUCCGGUCCCUCCCUCCAGUCACUUCUAACAAUGAAUUGAAGACUUUGCAGACUCGCAACGCCCAGCUGGAGGCUAAGAUGAAUCUCAUCAACACAAACUUCACCCAGCGGGUUCAGUAUCUGACCCAGGAGAGAGACGACGCCGUCAGGGACCGAGACGUCCACCUGGAGGACGCCGUCAAGCUGCGCCGGGACAACACCCUCCUGAGCCAGCAGAUCUCCACCUUCACUAGGAAGUGCAAAGAGGACUUUGUGCAUUCUUUGGACGGCAUCCAGACGGUGACCAGGGAUUUCCUGAACCGGAUCAACAAUCUGUUUCCCCACCAGAUGACCUUCUACCUCACCUGCAACGGUCAGCGGGAGCAAAUGGAGACGAUAAGAAACAGCUGCACGAACCUGUCCAGAGAGGUGGAGAAUAAGUUCCAGUUGUACUUGGACAACGUUGGCAACAAGGUGGCUGAGAUUCAGUCCCUGUCCAGCGAACAGGAAGUGCUGAACUCACACCUGAAGUCUGAAGUGAGUCAGUGUAAAAACGACAAGACUGAGAUCGCCACCAAGGCGGCCAAGGACCUGGAGAUCAAGCAGAAGACUCACGACAAUCGGGUGGAGAAUUUAUUGGUGGAGCAGAAUCGACUGAGAGAUGAGAAGAAAGUUCAAGAGGAGACGCUGGCCCUGAAGCAGAAGGAGUUACUGGCUCUGCGGGGGCUGCUGCCCAACAAUAAGGUCGGCCCACCAGCGGGACUCAGGGACGCAGGAAAGCUGCAACGGUGAGUGGGAACCCGGCUGUACGUCCCCGACCCGGGGAACCAACUCCACCUGUCAGCAUCACUGGCAUUUUUCUCGUGUAUAUAUAUCCAAAACACUUCCAAAACAAACCUGUGGACACUUUGCCGCCGUAUUAGCGGCAUAAAUUCACUGUUGUUCAGCUCUGUCUGUGGCUGAGGAUUCAUCUGUGUUGUUUUCACCUUCGGGUUUGAAUGUCAGCUGGGAAAAGUCUUGCUGUCUUCACAGCUCCGGGCAAAUGUAGACUUUUUUAAAAAGCCUGGUGUAAAUAUUUCCCCUCGUGUGGUUCGUGAAAGGAGGAAAAUCAGCUCUGGAAGGAACUAAAAACCCUCGGUAACACAAAUAGGUCCGGCAUCUCUUUGGCGGUAAAAAUCGGAGAGCCUCACACGGGGAUUGAGGCUGCAGCUGCUCGCUGGUUUGCCAUAAACAACUCUUAAAAUAGCCACAUAAAGUUUCCUGCUGCUCACAUAGAUUUGUAAUACAGCGCGGGUAACAAUACGGACAUCCAUCAACAUCUAAGGACAUGGUCGCGUUUGCAGCUAUGAGAUGUCCUUGAUGCGGUUUGGCGUCCGAAUGAAAGCGGGACGAUUCCGACUCAACACCGCAGCCCUUGGUGGGGGGGGUAGGAAAGAGCUGAGGCCAUCGAGUGGCAUUUAGACGUUUUUACAAGAACGGUGACUACAAUAUGAGCUAUCCUCCAGCUUUACAGCUUCCUUCUCCUUCCAGAAGCGCGGGACAGAGAGCGCGUACAGUUGUGUGGCUGGAAACAGCUGCUCGGCUUCUUAAUUAUUAUUAUUGUUAUUAUUGUAGGUCAAGUCUGGUACACAGAAAAAAGAAAAAAACAAUGAAUAUGAGUUGCGAUGUUCCAGAUUACAAGAUUUCUUUAUCAUACCUGUUUGUGUAAAUAGUUUAUACUUAAUAAAAGAAUGCAAGAGCCACACAUGCUGCACUAUUGUACAUUACUGUUGAACUGUGAUCCUAAUUUGUGCAUAAAAACAACUCAAAACUUCACUUUCUCUGUCAAUUGUUCACAAAAGUGGAACUAUAAUAGUUUCUGAAAGCAAGCGUGUUUUAACUUAAAUGUGAUGUCGUUUUUAUUUUUGUAACAGUUAAAUUUCUCUGCAUUUCAUCUUGUUUUGUUUUUUUUAAUAUUGAGGGAAAAAGCUUCUUGUUGUCUGCAUCAUAUUCUUGUGUCAGAAGAGCCAAACUCUUAAGUUGUCAUGAAGACUUCUGCAAUGUCUACCAGAGUGACUGACAUGUAUUUGUUUACCAGUGGAAGUGGUUCUUCAUCUAAGUUUGCAAAUGUCUAGUUCUGUAAAUAAAAUUUGACUUGACUUUGUU